AUGAAGAAAGUCAUAUCGGCACCCGAUGCAGUACCCCCAUUGCCCGCCUUCUCUCAGGCCGUAGUCUCUGAAGGAAAGGUCUAUGCUUCAGGGAGCGUGGGAUGUGACAAAGAGUUUGUCUUGGUGCCAGGCGGAAUCAAGCCUCAGACGCGGGCAGCCCUUGAGAAUCUUGAAAAGGUAUUGAAAGCCGCGGGCUCGGGGUUAGAACAUAUCGUGAAAGCGAAUUGCUAUCUGAGCAACAUGCAGAGGGACUAUGUUGCGAUGAACGAAGCCUACCUGGAGUUCUUCAAGGGCGACCCUCCGGCUCGAACUUGCGUGGGAGUUGUGGUUCUUCCAUUGGGCGCCGACAUAGAAAUCGAGUGCAUAGCCGAGGUUCCUUGA